UAUGUAAUUGAGACGCCAGGGGAAGCAGACAAAGGAAGACAUGAAUACCUGACAUUAACUUUUAAUCUAAGUUAAAAAGUCGGUGAACGUUGUGGACGCGGUGGAGGAAUUGAAGGGCGAUAGAGAGAAGCUGUUGAUUUCCUUUUUUUUUUUGCAGAGUGGAUUUGCUACAUUCAUAUGAGGAGGCGGACCUCUGACUGCCGUGCUCAAUAUGCUGAAAGCAAGCCCGAUGUGUGCAUACUGUAUGUGGGAGUACAGAGACUAUUUUGUCUUAAUUCAAUCAUCAGGAUCGGGAUACAUUGCACUUUAAACCGCGUUGGAUACACAGUUUAUUUUUCUUGGCAGCAAGCUAUAGCCUAUUUAUUUGGUCGUGUUUUUUUUACCAGACAGAAGAUUUUAUACUAUCCAUUUGCACUUUUUUUCUUCUUUUGAAGUUGACUUAAGUAGACUACCGGUUUGCCUCAGAGCUAGCUACCUUUUUUUAAAUCGUAAAAAUAAUUAUAAUCUGAUAUUGAUCCUUAAGGAACACAUGAGGGGAAUCUAUUGACGUCUAACGUUACUUCGUGGCAUGUCACACAAUGGUGUCAUUUUCGGAUGGAGUUUUGAGGUUCCUAAUAUCUUCAUUUUGAAGUUCUUGAACACUUGAAUUAGGCUAGAUCAUUAUUUCUGUAGACAGGCCUAUAAUUCAUUAUAGAUGCCAAUAGUGGAGCAUUUCUUUGUUACACCAACAGAUCCUAUAGACUAUUUUUGCUGUUAUAGACCACACCAUAUGAGUAUAUCUAAACACUGCUGUUUUUUUUUAUUUUUUAAGUUGGGUGCAUUUUAUCUAACAACUGUUGUGUCUGACGUUCCAUUCUUGUGACUCGACACAUUCGAAUAUUUCUGCCCAAAACGUAAUUCUCUACGUAGUCUUGGCACCCGGCUGAAUCGUUGGAGAAAGCUUUCCAUUUUGGCAUAGCCAUCGUUUGAUUGAUCGUCCCUUCACACCGAUAACAAUUAGUGGCUUCCCUCACGAUGAGUUACUUCUUCUACCAAGCAGUGAUUGUAUUGCUACGUGGACUCGUCAUCUCUGCGGUACUGGGAUUGGAAAGCAGCUACUCAAACGAUAUGUUGAACCGUGCGUCUGAUGCCGCAAUUGUAGCCACUACAGACCCCUGUCUGACGGUGAUGCCGCCAUGCAUGGGCGACGCAGACCGUUUCAGCCUGGAGGCCCUCCGGGUCAUCCACAAACAGCUGGAUGACGACAAUGACGGGGGGAUUGAGGUCAACGAGAGUGUAGAGUUUAUUAGAGAAGACAUGAAGCAACAGCAAACCAACAAACACAGUAACCUGCACAGGGAAGACCAACACAUCACUGUAGAGGAGCUGUGGAAGGGCUGGAAAACCUCAGAAGUUCACAACUGGACGACGGAUGACACAGUCCAGUGGCUUAAGGAGUCGGUGGAGCUGCCUCAGUAUGAGAGGAACUUCAGAGACUUCCGGUUCAAUGGAAACACUCUGCCCCGAUUAGCGGCAAACGAACCGUCGUUUAUGUCUGGUCAGCUAAAGGUAUUAGACCAGCGGCACAAACACAAACUGAAUCUAAAAGCACUAGAUGCUGUGCUCUUCGGCCCUCCCUUACGUCCACAACACAACUGGAUGAAGGACUUUGUGUUGAUGGUAUCUAUAGUGAUCGGGAUGGGGGGCUGCUGGUUCGCCUACAUCCAGAACAAGUCUUCCAAGGUGCACAUGAGUCAGAUGAUGAAGGACUUGGAGAGCCUGCAGAGUGCUGAGCAGAGCCUCAUGGACCUUCAGGGACGCCUCGAAAAGGCCCAGGAGGAGAACCGCACUGUGGCGGUGGAGAAGCAGAACCUUGAGCAGAAGAUGAGGGAUGAGAUCAGCGGGGCCAAGAAGGAGUCGUACCGCCUCCGUGAGCUCCGCCAGGGGGCAGAGUGUGAGCUCAGCCGCCUCAAAUAUGCUGAGGAGGAACUGGUGCAGGUGCGUAUGGCCCUGAAGCGAGCAGAGAAGGAGAUGCAGACGGAGUGGUCGGUCCCAGAGGCCCUACAGAUGUGGCUACAACUCACCCAUGAGGUGGAGGUCCAAUACUACAACAUCAAGAAACAUAGCGCGGAGCUACAGCUCACUGUCGCUAAGGAAGAGGCAGAGAAAAUCAAAAAGAAGAGGAGUUCUGUGUUUGGAACACUUCACGUCGCCCACAGUUCAUCACUGGAUGAAGUGGACCACAAGAUCCUAGAGGCCAAGAAGUCCCUGUCGGAGGUGACCGCCUGCCUGAGGGAGCGUCUCCACCGCUGGCAGCAGAUUGAGAAACUGUGUGGCUUCCCCCUGGUGCACAACUCUGGGCUGCCCAGCCUGACUGCCACCCUGUACUCUGACCACAGCUGGGUGGUCAUGCCCCGCGUCUCCGUGCCCCCCUACCCCAUCGCCGGUGGAGUGGACGACCUCGAUGAGGACACGCCUCCAAUCAUUCCACAAUUCACCUCAGCCUCUAUAAUGCGGCCCCCUCUGACGCGCAGCAGCAGCCUGUGUCGGUCCCGCCGGAGUCUCUACAGCACCCCGCAGCCUUCAAUGAUGUCUGCCGACCCUGACCUGCUCUCUAUGGCCAGCCCACCCCUCUCCUACCACCCAGAGGGUGAAGAAGAACACAUCCUCUUCAUAGAGAGAAAGGGGGACACUCAGGAUACGUCCUCAGACACAGACUCUCUGAACUCCUCCAUGGGAAGGAAACAGUCCUAUGCCAACCCCUGCACGCCAGGCCCAGAGCCCCCCUACCGCAAAAUCUCCCGCGAGGAGCUGAUGAUGCUGAGCCAGCAGGAGCCUCAGACUUACAUCCGUGACUCACCCCCUCCUCAAGGGGGAGUUGCGUCCCUCUCGACUUCCUCCUCGGCCAACCCCUCCCCUGCCCUGGAGCACCACUCACACUCCCACACGCAUUCGCACAAACACAAGGGCUCACCCGACCUCACCCGUGGCUCCAUCCCAGAGUCCCACAGCAUGUCCUUCACCACCCCGACGGCGGGCAACAAGGCCGUAUUCAACGGCAUCCUGGAGAAGUCCUAUAGCAUGGGCCAGCUGCCCGCGGGCAUGACGGGGGCAGGGGGGGUGGUGGUGGUGGGGCGCAACCCAUCCCUCACCUCACUGGAUAAUGAGGGCAGGGGGGCGGGUGGCAAGGAGAAGAAACUACAGAGGACCUCUUCUCAGGACUCCUGUGACAACGGAGACAAGACCAAGAAGUCCUCGUCCAAGAUCAAGAGCUUGUUCAAGAAGAAAAAGUAGUAGUACUCAGAGAGCGAGAGAGAGGGGACGGGACAAAAAAGGAUCAAGAUGAAGUCAUUUUAGCCUUAAUAAAAAAAUGUACGUUGUCAACGGAAGCUAAAACAUUUUUUGUUUGUUCCAUUGUUCCUUUUUUUUCUUCAAAGAUGGAAUGUAAGCUCUGUCUGGGCACCACAAUAAUGCCUGUUAAUGAAUUGUUUUUGCUCACUCAUAGCCUCGAAGUUAAGCCUUCAAAGGUCACAGAAAGGUCAAAAGGUAAAGGGUCAUGCCAGCUGCCAUCGCCCAGGCAACCGCAAAAAGCAUGAGCCUGCUCACUCAACGUCUUCUGGUUCUUUUUCCGUUAAAGAAACAAAAAAUACAUUUCACUUGUGUUCUAUCUGGGGGUUUAGGGGCUUGUACUUGACACAUUUAUUUUCAGAAAAGAAAAAAAUACUACUUAAGUUUGUUUCACUACUGCUUUCCUGUAUUCUGGGAAAGGACCGCCGCUGCUCGCCAAGUAAAUAUUAAUGUAUACAAUACAGAUGAGAAUGAUGUAUGGGGAGAGGCAUUGGAGAUGCAACACAUGGUAGGCUAUUGAAGCCAAAAUCGCUUGGUGUUUCCAAUGUUUUUUUGCAAUGGAUUUUAUUUAUACACACACACACACACACACACACACACACACACACUGAGUAUACCAAACAUUAGAAACACCUUCCUAAUUUUGAGUAGCACCCACCCUUUUUGCCCUCAGUACAGCCUCAAUCGUCAGGGCAUGGACUCGACAAGGUGUGAAAAGUGUUCCACAGGGAUCUUGGCCCAUGUUGACUCCAAUGCUUCCCAUAGUUGUGUCAAGUUGUCUGGAUGUACUUUGGGUGGUGGACUAUUCUUGAUACACAAGGGAAACUGUUCUGUUGAGCGAGAAAAACAUAGUAGUGUUGCAGUUCUUGACACAAACCGGUGUGCCUGGCACCUACUACCGUACCCCGUUCGAAGGCACUUAAAUAUUUUGUCUUACCUAUUCACCCUCUGAAUGGGACACAUACAUAAUCCAUGACUCGGUUGUCUCAAGGCUUAGAAAUCCUUAUUUAACCUGUCUCCUCCCCUUCAUCAACACUGAUUGAAGUGGAUUUUAGAAGUGACAUCAAUAAGCGACCAUAGCUUUCAUCUGGAUUGACCUGGUCAAUCAUGGAGCAGGUGUUCUUAUUGUUUUGUAACACACUACAUAUAGAAAAGUAUGUGGACACCCCUUCAAAUCAGUGGAUUCGGCUAUUUCAGCCAUAUCCGUUGCUGUCAGGUGUAUAAAAUCGUCAAAUUUCUUUCCUGUUAGAGCUGCCCCAGGUCAACUGUAGGUGCUGUUAUUGUGAAGUGGCAACGUCUAGGAGCGACAACGGCUCAGGCAUGAAGUAGUAGGCGACACAAGCUCACAACGUGACCGCCGAGUGCUGAAGCACAAAACACAUAAAAAUUGUCCGUCUGCACUUGCAACACUGACUACAGAGUUCCAAACUGGGAGCAAUGCCAAGUGUAGGCUGGAGAGGUGUAAAGCUUGUUGCCAUUGUACUCUGGAGCAGUGGAUACGUAAGUUUGGUGAAGGAGGAAUAAUUGUCUUUGGCUGUUUCAUGGUUGGGGAAGGCUCUUUCCUGUUUCAACAUGACAAUGCCCCCAUGCACAAAGCGAGGUCCAUACAGAAAUGGUUUGUCGAUGUAGAAGAACUGGACUGGCCUCUCUACUGAGCCCUGACCUCAACCCCAUCAAACAAUUUUGGGAUGUAUUGGAACGCCGACUGCAAGCCAGGCCUAAUCGCCCAACAUCAUUGCUCGACCUCACUAAUGCUCUCCCCGCAGCAAUGUUCCAACAUCUAGUGGAAAGCCUUCCUAGAAGAGUGGAGGCUGUUAUUGCUGCAAAAGGAGGACUGACUCCAUAUUAAUGCCCAUGAUUUGGGAAUGAGAUGUUCGAUGAGCAGUGGUUUCACAUCCUUUUGGUCAUGUAGUGUGUAUGUAUAUAUACAGUACCAGUCAAAAGUUUUGACACACACCUACUCAUUCAAGGGUUUUUCUUACUUUUGACUAUUUUCUACAUUGUAGAAUAAUAGUGAAGACAUCAAAACAAUUGAAAUAACACAUGGAAUCAUGUAGUAACCAAAAAAGUGUUAAUUAUUAAACAAGUCAAAAUAUAUUUGAGAUUCUUCAAAGUAGCCACCCUUUGCCUUGAUGACAGCUUUGCACACUCUUGGCAUUCAAUCAACCAGCGUCACCUAGGAUGCUUUUCCAACAGUCUUGAAGGAGUUUCCACAUAUGCUGAGCACUUGUUUGCUGCUUUUCCUUCACUCUGCGCAGUCCAACUCAUCCCAAACCAUCUCAAUGGGUUGAGGUCAUGUGAUUAUGGAGGCCAGGUCAUCUGAUGCAGCACUCCAUCACUAUUCUUCUUUGUCAAUUAGCCCUUACACAGCCAGGAGGUGUGUUGGGUCAUUGUCCCUUGAAAGACAAAUGAUAGUCCCACUAAGCGCAAACCAGAUGGCGCAUUGCUGCAGAAUGCUGUGGUAGCCAUGCUGGUUGUGUGCCUUAAAUUCUUUUUAAAAAUCAGUGUCACCAUCACACCUCCUCCAAUGCUUCACGGUGGGAACCACACAUGCGGAGAUCAUCCGUUCACCUACUCUGCGUCUCACAAAGACACGGCAGUUGGAACCAAAAAUCUCAAAUUUGGACUCAUCAGACCAAAGGACAGAUUUCCACCAGUCUAAUGUCCAUUGCUCGUGUUUCUUGGCCCAAGCAAGUCUCUUCUUCUUAUUGGUGUCCUUUAGUAGUGGUUUCUUUGCAGCAAAUUGACCAUGAAGGCCUGACCCAAGCAGUCUCGUCUGAACAGUUGAUGUUGAGAUGUGUCUGUUACUUGAACUCUGUGAAACAUUUAUUUGGGCAGAGGCUGGUAACUAUUGAACUUAUCCUCUGCAGCAGAGGUAACUCUGUGUCUUUCUUUCCUGUGGCAGUCCUCAUGAGAGCCAGUUUCAUCGUAGCACUUGAUGGUUUUUACAACUGCAACUUUAAAAGUUCUUGACAUGGUUCGUAUUGACUGACCUUCAUGUCUUGAAGUAAUGAUGGACUGUCAUUUCUCUUUGCUUAUUUGAGCAGUUCUUGCCAUGAUAUGGGAUUGGUCUUUUACCAAAUAGGGCUAUCUUCUGUAUACCACUCCUACCUUGUCACAACUGAUUGGCUCAAAUGCAUUAAGAAGGAAAGAAAUUCCACAAAUUAAGUUUGUGGAAUGGCUCACCUGUUAAUUGAAAUGCAUUCCAGGUGACUACAUCAUGAAGCUGGUUGAUAGAAUGCCAAGAGUGUGCAAAGCUGAUUUUUUAACACUUUUUUUGGGCUGCAUGAUUCCAGACGUGUUAUUUCAUAGUUUUGUUGUCUUCACUAUUAUUCUACAGUGUAGAAUAGUAAAAAUAAAGAAAAACAUGGAAUGAGAAUGUCCAAACGUUUAACUGGUACACACACACACACACACACACACAAGUAGGAGGUUUACGUACACCUUGGCCAAAUACAUUUAAACUCAGUUUUUCACAAUUCCUGACAUUUAAUCCUAGUAAAAAUUAAAUGUCUUAGGUCAGUUAGGAAUCACCACUUUUAGUUCAGAAUAAUAGUAGAGGGAAUUAUAUAUUUCAGCUUUUAUUUCUUUCAUCACAUUCCCAGUGGGUCAGAAGUUUACAUACACUCAAUUAGUAUUUUGUAGCAUUGCCUUUAAAUUGUUUAACUUGGGUCAAACAUUUCAGGUAGUCUUCCACAAGCUUCCCACAAUAAGUUGGGUGAAUUUUGGCCCAUUCCUCCUUACAGAGCUGGUGUAACUUAGUCAGGCCUCCUUGCUCGCACACGCUUUUUCAGUUCUGCCCACACAUUUUCUAUAGUAUUGAGGUCAGGGCUUUGUGAUGGCCACUCCAAUACCUUGACUUUGUUGUCCUUAAGCCAUUUUGCAACAACUUUGGAAGUAUGCUUUGGGUCAUUGUCCAUUUGGAAGACCCGUUUGCAACCAAGCUUGAACUUCUUGACGGAUGUCUUGAGAUGUUGCUUCAAUAUAUCCACAUAAUUGUCCUCCCCCAUGAUGCCAUCUAUUUUGUGAAGUGCACCGGUCCCUCCUGCAGCAAAGCACCCUCACAACAUAAUGCUGCCGCCCUGUGCUUCACGGUUGGGAUGGUGUUCUUCGGCUUGCAAAGCCUCUCCCUUUUUCCUCCAAACAUAACGAUGGUCAUUAUGGCCAAACAGUUAUAGUUUUUUUUUUAUCAGACCAGAGGACAUUUCUCCAAAAAGUACAAUCUUUGUCCCCAUGUGCAGUUGCAAACCGUAAUCAGGCUCUUUUAUGGCGGUUUCGGAGCAGUGGCUUCUUCCUUGCUGAGCGGCCUUUCAGGUUAUGUCGAUAUAGGACUUGUUUUACUGUGGAUAUAGAUACUUUUGUACCUGUUUCCUCCAGCAUCUUCACAAGGUCCUUUGCUGUUAUUCUGGGAUUGUUUUUCACUUUUCGCACCAAAGUACGUUCAUCUCUUAUUCGACAGAACGCGCCUCCUUCCUGAGCGGUAUGACGGCUGCGUGGUCCCAAGGUGUUUAUACUUGCGUCCUAUUGUUUUUACAGAUGAACGUGGUACAUUCAGGCAUUUGGAAAUUGCUCCCAAGGAUGAACCAGACUUGAUUUUUUUCCCAUGAUGUCAAGCAAAGAGGCACUGAGUUUGAAGGUCGGCCUUGAAAUACAUCCAGAGGUAUACCUCCAAUUGACUCAAAUGAUGUCAUUUAGCCUAUCAGAAGCUUCUAACACCCUGACAUCUUUUUUUCUGGAAUUUUCCAAGUUGUUUAAAGGCACAGUCAACUUAGUGGAUGUAAACUUCUGACCCACUGGAAUUGUGAUAGUGAAAUAAUCAGUUGUUGGAAAAAUUACUUUUGUCAUGCACAAAGUAGAUGUCCUAACCGACUUGCCAAAACUAGUUUGUUAACAAGAAAUUUGUGGAGUGGUUGAAAAACGAGUUUAAAUAACUCCAACCAAAGUGUAUGUAAACUUCCGACUUCAACUGUAUAUAAUAUCUGGACGUUGUUUUUACAUUAUUUUGUUCUUGUAGACAUUUUUUAAAUAGAAAUGUGAUUUCUAGUGGUGGGGGUUCACAAGGACUGACUAUGUUUUUUACUGAAGAGUGAUAGAUAAAGAAUAUGCAGAUUUUACCCAUACCCUUAACGUACCUGUUUUUGUAAACAUCCCUGAGCUUUUCCUGAACAUUUUACCCUUACUCUAACCUGUUACCUCUUUCAACUUCUUUCUCCACUGUUUACUUAUACACUAUGAAAGGGAAUGGUCACUAGCAAUGUACAUCGUAGGAGACAAGCUAAGCUGAAGAGUAAAGUUAAUGGGUUCUGUUUUAUCAUAUGCAUUUGUAAUAUCAGAAUUCUACAGAUGUGACAUUUGCUAUUGUAGUGUAUUCCUACAUCCUACAUCCACAAAAAAAAUAGUUAUAGAUGAGCAGGACAUAGGAAUGUUUACGAGAUGUUAGCAGAUUUCUUUGAACAUUUGGUGUGUGAAUAAUUGUAUACCAUAGACAAACCAAUAAAGCAUAACAAUGCUGUCUUCA